GAGAUCCGGGGUGGCGGGGGCGGGGAUAAGAUGGCGGCGCCCAUGGAGGUGGCAGUGUGUACGGAUUCGACGGCGCAACUCUGGACUUGCGUCGUGUGGGAACUGCAUUCGGGCGCUAACUUGCUCACCUACCGCGGUGGCCCGGCUGGACCCCGCGGCCUGGCGCUGCUGAACGGCGAGUACCUGCUGGCGGCGCAGCUGGGCAAGAACUACAUCAGUGUCUGGGAGCUGCAGCGGAAGGACCAGCUGCAGCAAAAGAUCAUGUGCCCCGGGCCCGUCACCUGUGUGACCACGGCACCCAAUGGCCUCUACGUCCUGGCGGGGAUCGCAGAAAGCAUAUACCUAUGGGAGGUCUCCACCGGGAACCUCCUGGUCAUCCUGAGCCGCCACUACCAGGACGUGUCCUGCCUGAAGUUCACGGGUGACAGCAGCCACUUCAUCUCGGGGAGCAAGGACUGCCUGGCGCUGGCCUGGAGCCUAUGCAGUGUGCUGCAGGUGGACCCCUCCAGGAUCCCGGCACCACGCCACGUGUGGUCCCACCACACGCUCCCGGUCACCGACGUGCACUGUGGCAUCGGAGGUCCCCUGGCCCGGGUGGCCACAGCCUCACUGGACCAGACUAUAAAGCUCUGGGAGAUCUCCUCAGGCGACCUGCUGCUGUCCGUCCUCUUCGACGUGGCCAUCAUGGCCGUGACCAUGGACCUGGCCGAGCACCACAUGUUCUGCGGGGGCAGUGAUGGGUCCAUCUUCCAGGUGGACCUGUGUGCAGGGCCUGUGCAGCGGGAGCAGAGCUUCCAGCCCGAGCAGGAGCCCGGCAAGGUCUUCAGGGGCCACAGGAACCAGGUGACCUGCCUGUCAGUGUCCACCGACGGCAGCGUGCUGCUCUCGGGCUCGCACGAUGAGUCGGUGCGUCUGUGGGACGUGCAGAGCAAGCAGUGUAUGCGUACGGUGACGCUCAAGGGCCCAGUGACCAAUGCGGCCAUCGUGCUGGCACCCGUGGCCAUGCUGAGCUCGGACUCCCGGCCCAGCCUGCCGCUGCCGCCCUUCAACAGGCACCUGCUGGGCGCCGAGCACGGGGACGACCCGCGCCGCGGGGGCCUCGCGCUGCGCCUGGGCCUCCACCGCCAGGGCUCAGAGCCCAGCUACUUGGGGCGGCUGGAGCACCUGCAGGCCGAGAUGUGCAGCACCCUGGAGAAGGGCGGUCAGGACCAGCUGCGGGUGCGUGUGAGCGAGCUGGAGGACGAGGUGCGAAACCUGCGCAAGAUCAACCGCGACCUCUUCGACUUCUCCACGCACAUUAUCACCAGGCCCACCAAGUGAGGUGUGGCCCCGCCCCGGCCACAAGCCCCGCCCUGUAUGCCGUGGCCCCGCCCCUGGGGGCUGCAGCCUGGCCCCUGACCACAAGCCCCGCCCAGGGGCGGAGUCUGGCCUCCAUGAGGCCCCAGGAGCCUCAAGCCUGUGGGUUGCCGGGCUCCGCAGGUUUGCAGGCUCCAUAUUUCUGGACUUCACUCCUUGUACUCCGGCCAUCUGGGCCCAGUGGUGUGUGUUCUGCUAUCUAUUUGGUGCUGUUCGGUUUUUAACAAAACAUGGUUUACGGAG